GCUGUGUACAUGAUUUCUCUCAAAAAGUACCUUAUUUUGUAUUUUUUUUUCUUCAGAAAAAUGAAUUUUUCGGAACCUAUUAAACUGCAGAAUAGUCAGUUAAAAUGGUCAGAUUGUGGACAUCUGCUUGCAUCUUCAUGUGGUACUAGAACAAGUAUAUGGGAUGCUGCAAGUAUAGAAGUACUGGAAGUAUUUACUUCUAAGGAAUGUAUUGAUUAUAUUGAGUUUAGUCCAGAUAGUAACUUUAUACUAGCAGCUAACUACAGUGGUGGAGUUGUUCAUCUAUUUUCCAUUAACUCCCCGGAAUGGAGCGGAAGAAUAUAUGAGGGAAUGGGAGGGAUACUUAAAGUAGAAUGGUCUCAGGACUCUAGGCACAUAAUUACAACUUCAGGUCAGAUAUUUUAUAAAUAA